AUUUUUUGCCAUGAAAAUCUCAACAGCCCAAGAAAAUAAAGAAAAGAAUGUUCCAUUCCAAGAAGCCAGCAUUUACCACUUAUGAUCGACUUUCUGUUCAAGGGGACUCAGGACUUGUCCUCACAACAGAUCCAAAGCCUCGUCUCCGGUGGACUGUUGAGUUGCAUGAACGAUUUGUAGAGGCUGUUACCCAGCUUGGAGGACCAGACAAGGCCACACCAAAGACCAUCUUGAAAGCCAUGGGAGUUAAAGGUCUCACACUUUACCAUCUUAAGAGCCAUCUCCAGAAAUUCAGGCUUGGGAGACAACCACAAAAAGAUUUCAAUGAUCAGUCAGUUAGCGACAGUAGGAAAGUUUCAGAGUUUGACUUCUCCAAAAAUGCUACUGGUAUAAGAGCUUGCUGUUUAAGUGAUCAGAGCGUGCAACAAACAGGAGGAGUUGGAUUGCAAAUGGAAGUAGGAGGCAUAUUGAAUGAAGAGCUUGAGGUUCAGAAACACCUUCAAAUGAGGAUCGAUACUCGAGGAAAAUAUAUGCAGACAAUACUGGAGAAAGCAGCUGCACAAACACUUUCUGAGGAAAAUACUAACUCUCAAUGCUACAAAUAUUUUGGUAUUCCGAAGUAUGGGAACAUGGGAAGCAUGGAAAAUCUAGAUUUUGUUUCCCAAGUGAAUGUUCCAUCUCUGGAGGAAUUGCACUCCAUACCAGCAUCAGAAACUGCACAUAUGGAAAAACGGUGGAACAAGCUAAAUAUUGAGAACCUUGAGAGUCCCAUAGUUUUUUGGUCUGACGAUUUACUGCCAGGAAAUAUUGUGAUAGCGACUCCUGAUUUUAAUUCAGAUCGAGACUCUUUGAAAGAUGAUCACCUUUGAAUC